CAGCGCACGCCUGUCACUCUUGUGCUCAGCCAUAGGCUUGAACGUGUCGUACAAUGCGAUUUAAAGUAGAUGAGUUUAGUAUAGCACCUCGUCGUAGUUAUUCUAUACGUCGGCUCUCGAAACAUACAUCCAGUAAUUAAUCUGUUAGUGACCUACAGUUGACGGUUUCUCGUCCAUCGACUGCAACUGCACUGUACAGUGACGGCUGCUGCUGUCCGCACUGUCCAUCGAAAUAAAUAACUGUAGACUAGUCGAGACAUGACAGAUCUUAUUUUUUGGGACCAGUUGCAGGCUGGCAGCUCCGAUGUGGACUGGUGUGAAGGGAACUACAUGAUUUACCCAAGUAUUGCAGAGUUUUAUAACACGAUCAGCAACAUCUUAUUUUUUGUUUUACCGCCUAUAUUAAUGUGCUUGUUCCGUCAAUAUGCAACACAUUUCAACAGUGGAAUAUAUCUCAUUUGGAUUCUGCUGGUUGUUGUUGGUAUUGGCUCCACAUACUUCCAUGCCACCCUGAGCUUCCUGGGUCAGAUGCUGGAUGAGCUGGCUAUCCUGUGGGUGCUGAUGUGUGCCAUCGCCAUGUGGUUUCCUAAGAGAUACCUCCCUAGAAUGUUCCGGAAGGACAGGACAAGGUUCAAAGUGGUGAUAGGAAUCUUGUCUGGGAUCACCACUGGUCUGGCCUUCGUUAAGCCUAUUGUCAACUCAGUGUCACUUAUGACUCUGGGCAUCCCCUGUACUGUUCUGCUCAUCACUGAGCUUAGAAGGUGUGACAACCCGCGUGUCUUCAAGCUGGGUCUGAUCUCAGGCAUCUGGUGGGCGCUGGCUCUGCUCUGCUGGAUCAGCGACAGGAUCUUCUGUGAGAUGUGGUCCUACGUCAACUUCCCCUACCUGCACUGCGCUUGGCACAUCCUCAUCUGCCUGGCGUCCUACCUGGGCUGUGUGUGUUUUGCCUACUUUGACGUGGCGACCGAGGCACCAGAGCGGGGUCCCGUCAUCAUGUUCUGGCCCAACGAAAGAUGGGCCUUCAUCGGGGUGCCCUACAUCACCCUGCUGUGUGUCAACAAGAAGUCUUCAGUCAAGGUCACAUAGGUCUUGUUCCUGCUGCCCGUGCUUUCCACAUCCAAUCUUCCCUCAAGUGCAGGUGUCUGCUUGGUGUGUGCCCAAAGCAUGGCCGGGUGGGGUUUUUACAUUGGUGGAGUUGGUUGUUCAGGGUUUCUCUAAAUGAAGUAUGAAUCAAAAGUGGGGGCGGGCGAGUCUCCAGACGACAUUCCCUUUUCUUCUCUCUUCCAUCCAUUACGAGACAGAUUCAGGGUUAAGGUUUACACAUCUAGACCUCUUUACAAUAUGCGUCUGCCCAGGGGACUCAGAUGCAACCCCCGCGGGGCCUUGAGGGCCCAAAGAUCCUGCCAGAAUGGGGUUUGAAUCAGCACGGUGCAUCAUGCAGGCGUUAUGCCAGGCAGUUUCAAGGGGUGAUUAACACUUGUAUUUUGAAAACAUUUAUACAUCACUCGUAUCAGUGUUAAAUUGGCUAAAUUGGUGCUUUUGCAAUGACUGAUAAUGGGUCUUUCAAUAAAGAACCUCCUCAGAUGGCUUCACACGUCCUUAUAAACAUAUUUGAAAUGUCCAGUGUGGGGAAGUGUAGGUACUCAGCUAGGCCAUUGUGAAAUUAUGUCAAACAAAGCAAUGAGGCACUGAGAUAUACAAAUAAGAUUAUGAAAGCUAAGCUCUUAACCUCAUGCCUAGUUUUACAAUGCCCUAAACAAAUGAUGGACAAGCUAUUUUGAAUAUGUUUGUAAGGAAACUACUAAACACUAAUAAAAAAAGGUCAUUUCUAACUACCUGAAUAGGCUUCAUCGAUCCAAAUGACCAGAAUUUGCAAAACAGAGUUCUUGGUCCUGGCUUUUGUGCUCUAUUUCGUUUACAGCACACCUAAAUAAUUUUAAGGACAGUGUUAUAAAAGCACUUUGAGAGAAUGUCUGUAAAGUAUUACUUCAGUUAUCUUCUCAUAUUUGUAUUGAGUUUAGAGUCUUUGUGUAUGUCCUCCAAAUGUAAAGGGAAAAAUGUGUACAAAUAUAUUAGGGACAUCAAGAUGUAGAUUCUCAAGGGCACAGGUACCGGGUUGAGCUGGAGAACAGUUUAUUGAAGGGUGGUUUGAUUCCCAGCUAAUCAUGACAGUAAAUUAUAACCAAUUACAUAUAUAUUUUAUGUGAAAGGCAUGAUGAGUAAAUAGGUGAAAUGUAUGUUUCUUCUGUUGGUGUCAUCUUCUAUGUUAUUUGAUGACAGUGUAAUUGCCAUGCGUGGUUAAGUCAUCCCCAUGUUGGGAGACUGGAAUGUUCUGUGGUUGUCACUCUCUGUGGCCUGGUUCUUAAAGUUGCACAUAAACACAGUUUUAUUAGGAAAACAAACAAAAACCAAAGUAUUUCAACAUGAUGACAUGAUUCAAUACUUGUCAUUCUACGUCUACUAUCAGACAUCCUCUGGUGACUGAUGUUUAAUAACUGACAUGUAUCGGGGUUUUGAGGCAGAUGUCAGACAUCACUAUUCCCAGUUAAGUCAUGGUUACUUGUGCCAAAAUGUUUGCAGUUUUUAUUUCUUUUUUAUGUUUUGCAUGGCAUGGUUUCUAAGUAGCGGUGUGAGUGCAGAGUUUGGUUGGUAAAGACUGUAGAAAUGACCAUAUUUUUGUGAAACUUAGUCUUUUUCCAAACACCAGGAACCUCAUUCAGUGAGAUGAUCGGUUGUCAAAGCAUGGACGGAUUGUUAAUGUUGUACUGCUUUACUGUUUGAAAGGAAAGGAUUGUCAUUGGAUGCAUUGUCAAGACACUAUCAUGUAUUAACAAAUUGCCAUUUCAUCUUAGAUUAAUACUGUUCAUGUAGAAAAUUGUUGAACUAGGGUGAGUCUUUUAGGAGUGAGAUUGUGGGUAAAAGAAGAGGACUUUAUUACACUUGGGGAAACUAAUUUGCUUGCAAGCAGUUGAGUUGCAUGGUAUAAACAUUUAAAGGCAGCACCAAAAAAACCUAAGAAACACCUGUUUCAAGACUGUCUCCAAUGAUGUGAUAUGUUUUGUAAUCUAAGGUAUUUCAUAUAGCCAAAAAAGUAUAUAUUUUUUUAAGAAAGAGUAAUGCACAACCAAAAUGUAUUAUUUUGCUGAACGCAUAUUUAACAAAGCUCCUGAGGUAUUAUUACAUUUGUACUGUCAACCAUUGUAAAAUGGGAUUCUCAAAUAGGUUUCAGGUAUUUGUAUUAGAUGUGAGGAAGAUGGAAAAGCAUCCGGGGCCAGUGUGUGACAAGCAGGGUGAGCAGCAGCCCAACAUGGUCAUCAUCACACAGAUGCUAACCUGGUGACUCCCAUCAGUGUGUCAUGCCUUCACAGCUUUGUAGCUUUGCCAAAGCGCAGCCUGCUACUCAGCACUGCUCUCGUGCACAGUCCUGAAGGCCGAGAGUCUUUAGGUGCCAGGAUGGUUUAGGAAGACAUCUCCCGAGACACUGACUCGGUUCAAAUGCACACAUCUUUGGGGAAAUCACUUAUGUGCAAAAUAAUUGGAAUGGUGAAAUCGUUAGACAAACUGACUGAUUCAUCCAAUUAUAUAUAGAUUACUGAAAACUUUGAAAGGAGACAGGAAUGAUUCAUUGCUAUAUGCUAUAUUAAACAUAAGUGUGUGUGAUGAUAGCAUUUUUUUAUCUGCAAGUUGAAAGUGAAGUCUAUUCUGUGAAGAGGUUAUUCUCAGUCUGCCUCUGCCUGCAAUGACAAUACAAACAAGUUGCACAACAAUAUUUAUUUUCAUAAUUUAUCCCGUUUUCUAGACAAAUAUUUGUAAUGUGAAACAUUUAAUAAUUUUAGUAUUUUACUUAUAUGCAAUAAAACUGCCAACAUUCAAAAUGA